GUUGUUGGUGUGACACACUGAGCUGUCAGCAACAGGUCCUCAGAGAAGUAACGCUGCUCAAACUUUCACAUUUCUCCAACAAGUACCGCUCUCCUAGGAGACUAAACCUCUCUAAGUGUUCCCUGAAAGUUGUCCAGAAGCGUUGGAUGAUAACCUGAGCACCAGGAAAAGUCGGACGUUGAUGUUUUUUUUUGUCGAGGGGAAAGAGAUGGCUGCGAGCAGUAGCUGAGGACGCCGCUGGGAGUUCCCCCCUCUGUCUCUGCCACCUGCAAAUAUGAAUGGGGGUAUGAGUGUAUGGGCGGUUUCUCCAGAGGAGAGGGACAAACAUGAUCAGAAGUUUGACACCCUCUCCCCAACAAUGGGUUACAUCUCAGGGGAGCAGGCAAGGAAGUUUUUCCUCCAGUCUGGGCUGCCUGCUUCAGUUUUGGCUGAGAUAUGGGCCCUAGCCGAUAUGAACAAAGAUGGGAAAAUGGACAGGCUGGAGUUUUCUAUUGCCAUGAAGCUCAUUAAGCUAAAACUGCAGGGUACACCUCUUCCAUCUGCGCUGCCAAUCAUCAUGAAGCAGCCUCCUGUUCGUGCUCCCAGCCUCAAAGCCCCCACCUCAACAAUGACCAGCUCACCUUAUGGUACAGGUUUGGGUCCUGUGCCUCUGAUGCCUGGGACAAUUUUGACCCCUAUCCCCAUCGGAGCCACUGGCCUCUCACCUUUGACACCAAUGGCAGGCCUCGCUCCUUUGGUUCCAACAGCCACAGGCCUCAGCCCUCUUGUGGGCUCCACCUCCACCAUGCCCCUAAUGCCCACUGUGGGAGCCACCACACUGCCAAACGGCACCAUAGGAAUUCUCCAGCCCAUCCCAACUGGAGCUUUGGCUACUGGCCUUCCUCUGUCCGCCUCCUCUUAUAACUCUCCAGUAGGACGCUCCUCAUCUCCUGCUGGUAUGAACAAGCCUUCACCGCUCCUCGACCUGGGAUCCAACAGUUCCACUUCCUCGUCUCCCUCUGUGAUGUCCCCCAUGCUUUCUGGGCCCAGUGACUGGGCUGUGCCUCAUGCCUCCAGACUGAAAUACAGACAGCAGUUCAACAGCUUGGAUAAACAGAUGACAGGAUACCUCACUGGUCAACAGGUGAGAGGAGCCAUGGCAACCACAAUGCUGACUCAGACACAACUGGCCUCCAUCUGGACUUUAGCUGAUGUUGAUAAAGAUGGAAAACUAAAAGCAGAGGAGUUUAUUUUGGCUAUGCAUCUCGUGGAUAUGGCAAAGAUUGGACAACCACUCCCUUUAACUCUGCCAAAUGAGCUGGUGCCUCCCUCACAAAGGAGUACAGUGAAUGGAUCGAGCCCUUCUGUCUAUGCAGCUCUGAUUGAUGACUUGGAGAUCGAACCUCCUCAGAAAACCAAGAGCAACUUGACGUUUGAGGAUAAAUUCAAAGCAAACCUUGAACGAGGGAACGCAGAACUGGAAAAAAGGCGCCAUGCUCUGCAGGAGGCAGAGAGGAGGGAGCAGGAGCGACGAGCUCAAAAGGCACGAGAGGAGCAGGAGAAGAGAGAGAGAGAAGCUCGGGAGGCAGAGGAGAGGAGGAGGAUAGAGGAAGAGAGGAGGCUGGAGCGACAGAGAGAGCUGGAGAGGCAAAAAGAAGAAGAGCGACAAAGAGAGAUUGAAAGAAAAGAGGCUGCACAACGGGAGCUUGAGCGCCAGCGGAAGGAGGAGUGGGAGAGGAGGAGGAGAGGAGAGCUCCAGAUAAAGAGGGAGCAAGAGCAGGAUGAUAUCAUCAGAUUAAAAGCAAAGAAAAGGAGUCUGGAAAUGGAGCUGGAAGCUGUUGGUAACAAGCAUCGGCAGAUCUCAGACCGGUUACGUGACAUCCAGAACAAGAAGAAGCAUCAGAAGACUGAGCUUGAUUUAAUCAGUCAAAGAAAAGAUGCACGCCAACAGGACAUCAACAGCCUGCAGAAAGAGCUUGAGGAAUUCCAGAGGAAGUUGAGUCAUCUGACUCCAGAGCAAAGGAGGCUGACUGAGAAACUCAAAAACGUGGCUCUGAACAACCUGCCUGUGUCUACGAUGUCUGCGCUGAAGGUCGGAGUCAAAGAGAAAAAUACAUCUUGCAUAAAACUGCGAGACCAACUGGAAGCUCUGGAGAAAGAGACUGCUGCAAAACUUGCUGAGAUGGACCGGUAUAACAAAGAUACACAGGAACUGAGAGAAAGCCAGAGAAAGCAGCAGGCAGCAUUGGAGAAACUACGGAGUAUCAAGGAAGAAAAGCAGCGUGAACUAAAGCAAAGGAAGGAGCAGGAGGAGGAGAGGAGAAGGGAAGAGGAGAGGAAAAGACGGGAGGAGGAGAGGAGGCGUAGGGAGGAGGAGGAAGCUCAGAGGCGCAUUAAGAUGGAAAAGGAGCGUCAGUGGCAGGAGAAGUUGAAGAGGGAUGAAGAGGAGCGACAGAGGAGGCUUCAGGAGGAGAGAGAGGCCAAACAGAGGGAAGAGGAGGAGAGGGAGAGACAGGCUCUCAUUCAGGCUGCUAAGGAGGAGGCCCAGCGGGAACUCAGGGCAAAGGAGGAGGCAGAGCGGAAAAGAAGGGAAGAAGAGGAAAGGAAGAGAAGAGAAGAGGAGGAGCGGCAGAGGCAAGCAGAGAAGCAAAGGCAGGAAGAGGAGAGGAGAAAGCUUGAGGAAGAGAGGAGGCAGCUAGAGGAGGAGAGGAGGAAAUUGGAGGAAGAAAGAAGAAAAGAGGAGAGGAGAAAGAGAGAAGAAGAGGAGCAGCGCAGGAGGGAGGAGGAGAUGAAGAGGUUAGAAGAAGAGCGGAGGAGAGAGGAGGAGCGCAGACGAGAGAAGGAGGAGGAGGAGAGGAGGAAACACCGGGCAGUCGAGGCAGCCAUCCGUGAUGCAGAGACAAGAAAGAAACGAGAGGAAGAGGCAAGGAGAAAGCGUGAGGAGGAGGAGAGGAGGAAACUCCAACAGCAGGAGGAGGAAAGGAGGAAACGUGAGGAGGAGAGAAGGAGGGCAGAGGAGGACAGGAAGAGAAAGGAGGAGGAAGAAGUGAGGAGGAAAGCUGAGGAGGAGAGAAGGAGAAAAGAAGAGGCCUCUCGUCAGCAGCCACCAAGUGGAGGCGGGAAGAUUGAUAUUCAGGAGAAACUGACGGCUCUGCUGAGAGGACUGGAGGAGCGGAAGGGUGGGCAACCCAAGGCAACACACCACAGGAAGUCAGCUGCUCUCACGUCCUUCAAAGCGCUCUACCCGUUCAAUGCACGAAACCAUGAAGAGCUCAGCUUCAAUGCAGAGGAUAUAAUCGAGGUUGAUGAGACAACAGAGCGGGAGGAGGGUUGGCUGUACGGGAGCAGACAGGGGAAGAUGGGCUGGUUCCCAGAGAGUUAUGUAGAGAGAGUUACUCAGUCCGACACAGCUAACAACACUGCUGCUGCUGCCGCCCCCAAACUGCCGCUCCAGUCACAGCUGUCCAAUGCCCUUGAUGCAGCCAAGGCAGGGGGGGCAAAGUCUGCCUUCACACCGACCCACUCUCCAAACCCUGCCCCUUCAGAGACACAUGGACAGCAGGUGGUCAGUAACAUGCUCGCCCAGGCCCUGUGCUCCUGGACAGCGAAGACGGAUAACCAUCUGAACUUCAAUAAAGACGAUGUCAUUCAGGUGCUGGAGCAACAGGAGAAUUGGUGGCUCGGAGAGCUGAACGGUGCGCAGGGCUGGUUCCCCAAAACAUAUGUGACACUGCUGGGUGAAGAAGACACCACAGAUGCAAAGAGUUUAUCUGUGGAUGGUUCAGAUCCGACUGACAGCCAACUACUUGAAGAGUACGUAGCGUUGUACACAUAUGAGUCCCCAGAGCCUGGUGAUCUCACAUUUGGGGAAGGAGAUGUGAUCUUGGUGGCUAAAAAAGAUGGAGAAUGGUGGAAUGGCUCAAUUGGAGACCGAACAGGCGUGUUCCCCAGCAACUAUGUCAAACCUAAAGAGGCAGAUACAUCAAGUAUGUCUGGGAAGAAGAAACCAGAGAUCGCCCAGGUGAUCAGGGCCCACUCCUCAACGGGACCGGAGCAACUACACUUGGAGCCUAACCAGCUCAUCCUCGUUCUCGGCAAGAACCCCUCGGGUUGGUGGCUCGGAGAACUGCAGGCCCGUGGUAAAAAGCGGCAGAAGGGCUGGUUCCCUGCUACUAAUGUAAAAAUAUUGGGAUCUAAUAGCGGCAAAUCCACACCAGCACCCCAAGCAGUGUGUCAGGUGAUUGCCAUAUACGACUACACAGCCGCCAACCAGGACGAGAUGAGCUUCUCUAAAGGUCAGCUCAUCAAUGUUCUCGACAAAAACAACCCUGACUGGUGGAAAGGAGAAAUGAACGGCAUCACGGGCCUGUUUCCGACUAAUUACGUUAAGUUAACCACGGCAGAUUGUGACCCCAGUCAGCAAUGGUGUGCAGACCUGAACAGCCUGGACACACUGAGCCCACAGGAGAAGAAAAGACAGGGUUACAUCCAUGAGCUGAUACAAACUGAGGAGAGAUAUGUGGAAGAUUUGCAGAUAGUACUGGAGGUCUUCUAUAAGCCGAUGUCUGAGUCUGGCCGACUGAAUGAUGAAGAGAUGGCCAUGAUUUUUGUCAACUGGAAAGAACUCCUGACCUGUAACAACAAGCUUCUCAAGGCGCUACAUGUUCGGAAGAAGACGGGUGGGGACAACAUGCCAGUACAGAUGAUUGGAGACAUUCUGGCCAAGGAGCUGGCACACAUGCAGCCUUACAUCCGCUUCUGCUCCUGCCAGUUCAACGGUGCAGCUAUUCUUCAGACUCGCACCGACAACGAGCCAGAUUUUAAAACCUUCCUCAAGAAAAUUGCCACUGACUACAGGUGUAAAGGCAUGCCGCUGUCCAGUUUCCUGCUGAAGCCCAUGCAGAGGAUCACACGCUACCCACUGCACAUCAAAAACAUCCUGGAGUGCACUGCAGAGGGCCACACUGACCGGGGUCCUCUGAAAGAGGCUCUGGAGAGGGCUGAAGAACUCUGUCAGCAGGUCAACGAAGGUGUCAGAGAGAAGGAAAAUUCUGACAGACUCGAAUGGAUCCAGAACCACGUACAGUGUGAUGGUGCUGCUGAGCACCUGGUCUUUAACUCUCUUACCAAUUGUUUGGGUCCUAGGAAACUUCUCCACAGUGGAAAGAUGUACAAGGCAAAGAGCAGCAAGGAGCUGUGGGCCUUUCUUUUUAAUGACUUCCUGCUUUUGACUCAUGCGGCGAAACAGUUCACCUCGUCUGGACCUGACAAACUGUUCAGCAACAGGAAUAAUACGCAACUUAAAAUGUAUAAGCCACCUGUGUUUCUAAAUGAAGUUCUAGUGAAGCUGCCUGAUCCCUCUAGUGAUGAGCCCAUCUUCCACAUCUCACACAUCGACAGAGUCUACAUCCUCAAGACUGACAACAUCAAUGAACGGACAGCCUGGGUCCAAAAGAUUAAAGCUACAUCUGAAGAGUUCAUUGAAACAGAAAAGAAAAAGAGGGAAAAGGCCUACCAAGCGCGAUCGGUGAAGACCACUGGAAUUGGCAGACUCCUCGUCACCAUCUUGGAGGCCACUGAGCUGAAGGCGGCCAAACCCAGUGGUAAAAGUAACCCCUAUUGUGAGGUGACGAUGGGAGCUCAGAUCUUUACGUCCAGGACACUCAAUGACACUCUGAACCCCAAGUGGAACUUCAACUGUCAGUUUCACAUCAAGGACCUCUACCAGGACGUCCUCUGCAUCACCAUCUUUGAAAGAGACCAGUUCUCACCUGAUGACUUCCUUGGUCGAACAGAGGUUCCAGUGGCGACGAUAAAGAAGGAGUUGGAGAACAAGGGGCCAGUGACGCGUCGACUUCUGCUGCAUGAGGUCCCAACAGGGGAAGUGUGGGUCCGUCUGGACCUGCAGCUCUUCAACAGCAAAUAGCCAUGUGGAAUGGACAGAACAAAACAGAUGUCUUAUACUGAGAGACACCAAUAGAAAAAGCUGCUUUUUAUCACAACAAAUAGUUUUCUAUUCACACGACGCCCACAUGCCUUAAAAGACCUGUAAAGAUACUCGUAUUAAACUACUCGUUUUACACAUCUCGCCUUAAUAUUAAAAUGCACAAAUAAUACCUCUUCUUCCAUCAUCUGAAUCUUCUCAUUAAAGUGAGGGUCUUCUGAACCCACCAUUGAGAAUUUGCAAAAAAAUAGAAAGGGAAGCAUGUUUAUAAAAGCAGCUUGAACCAGUACAAUUUUUACAUCCUGAAGGAGCUAAAAAAAGGACUGUCUGACUAAACACACAGCGUGUGACGAGGCUGAAUCAGGGUCCUGAGCUGUAAUAAUUUAUGACCUUCAGAAGGUAGAACUGGACAUAAGCUGUUUAAAAGCAAAUAAUCAUGGAACUAUUAAUAGAGCAAUAAAUAUUUAAGUAGAAGGGUUCUUCUGUGCUCUCACUUUGCUCACAAAGCUCUGUUUCUAUAAUCUUCGAGCCGUGGACACACUUUGCCAAGUCUGCUGAAUUAAGGCCAUUUAAUGUGUUAAAGUUAAGGUAACAAGUGCUUUCUUUAUCCUAACUCCCGACGUAUAUGGUAUAUUGUCAUGAAGUUGUUUUUCGCUGAGGCUCAUGGCUUCUGGAGACUCUGCUGACAGUGGUCAUAAACCCUCUGGUGACAUUAAUAUUUAACACUUCAUAAACCAUGAGCGGAAACAUGGUGAGAUCUGUUUAACAACUGUAUAAAGUGUCCAGGCUUUAGUCUGGAGUCAGUUUACUACUGUAAAUAGAAGACCUCAUGAGAUGAUGUUCUGGUUCAUGUGUGCAUCACUGUAGUAAUACUUAACACUUCAAUUGUUCUUCUGCCUAGUGUGUGUAUUUAACAGUGUGUACAUACUUACAGGAUGCAUGUCCACAUGCAGAAUAUCUCUAUGCGACGGCACUAGAACGUACCACUCCUGGCCUUAAUGCAAGCAAUAUAAUCUAAGUCUUUGAAAACCUGUUUCUAAACCCUUUGAGUUCAUGUGGAUCAUGCAAAGAGUUGCAUGAAUCUGUUCUUGGGUUAGAUGUGUCUUUUUCUUCCAUGUGCAAAGUCAGCCAGGGCCAAGUAAGUUCUUAAAGUGAGACAAAACCUAGGUGAAAAGAUGUGAGAGCAAAUGUUUUCCUCCAUACCUUGAACUUCUAUCUUAAAAGGGACAGUAAAGUCAGAUUUUCUUUCUUACUUUUUAAUGCAGAAACAUUUUUGAGGUAACUCGGUAACGGUAAUAAACAGUAUUUUUUAUUGCAGACAUUAUUUCGGUUCUUAAGUCCACACUGCAUUGUUGACAAUAUCUGUUGCCUCAAAUAUCUGCCUUUAAACUCUUACCUGGAUAUAGUGUGUAAAACCUUUUAUUUAUGUUGUUGGUUGAUUUUAGGUUUCUUUCGGUGUCCCUCGCCUUGUUUUUACUUUGAUCUCUGUCAUCCAGUCUCUGUUCUAACCCUGAAUGCCGCUGUGUGCUCUGGAUAUUAACGAAAAAUGUAUUUAUUUCUUAAUUUAUGCGUGCAUGACUAUCCAAAGGUUUAAAGCAUCUUUGCUGUGUCAUUUAGGAUAAUCAGCUGGUGUUCACUGGGCUUGAGUUUGUUUUGAACAUGUGAUGUCAAAUAUUAAAUUUGUGUUCAUCAGAUGGAUGUUGAUACUGUUCUGAAAGGUGAUAUUUUAUUUUGGAGAAUUGAGUUUUACUGUAAACAGACUUGCUCACUGGGCAUUUUUGAACAGCCUGCUGCUUAGUGCUCUUGUAAUCUUUUCAUUUGUUUUAAUCAGGCAACAAAACUUAUGUUUUUAGAUCUUGUAUUAAACUCAGUGUUGUUUUUUUUCUUAUUACAGUUGCUGAAAAAUGUGUAAAGACGGUAGACUACCUUUCUUAUGUGUGUGGGGGUGUAAGUGUUUUGUCUUUAGUUUAAUUUUACCUUUUAUUUUCUGCAUCUGUUUGCAUUGAGUGCUAACUUUAUUUUUAUGGCCUCUAACACUGACUGACUGUUCAGCCUGAUGUAACCUGCUGUUUGUACUCCCUCGGGUCUAUAUGUGGCUCUCUGAAUCAGGGUUUUUCAAGUCCUAUUAAAGAUAAUAAAAGUGACCGAAUGCU